UCGAAAUUAGAGGUCACCCUGUGUUUCACAAUGGCCGACAGUUGACAUAAGUGUGUUACUAUUGUUGCUUAUAUAUAUAUACAGUGCUCAAUAAAUAAAUAAACAAACAAACUAAUAAUAUAAAUUAAUGAUAAUCAUUUAGUUAUAAUAUUAUCAAUAAAAAAUAAAAUGAAUAUGUCUGUGGAAAAAAGAAAAUAUCAAUCAGCAUUACCAACAAAUUGGCCAACAAGAGAUCAGCAAGAUGCUGCACGUAAAAAUCAUCAAAAUCAACAAAAUCAACAAAAUCAAUUACAAUCAUCAGCAAAACAAACUGAUAUUUAUUACUACAGUAGAAGCACGAGAAAUGACACAACAUUGGUACCACCAAUAAGACAAACAGCAUCAAUAUUUAAACAACCAGUAACUAUUUACAAAACACAAGAUGGAAAAGUUAAAGAUAAUAAACAUGGAAAUCAAGAUAAACCAAAACAGGAAAAUGCUGAUAGAACAGAUGGAAAAUAUAGUUCUCAAGACAAACCAAAACAGUUAUUUUGGGAAAAAAGACUGGAAGGAUUAAGAGCAUGUGAUCCAGAUGGUUUUGAAUUUGAUGCAAUGGAUUUACCAAAAUCACUUAAACCAGUUGGACCAUAUAUUACAGAAGAAACAUUAUUACAAAGUGUUGCAACAGCAUUGCAUUUAUCAGUUCAACCAGUUACUGGACAAACUGGAUCAAAAUCAUCACUAGAAAAAAAUCCAGGUGUUUUUCUUAAUCCUGAUCAGCCACUUGUACAGGCAGUGGCAGUUGGUGAUGAUGAUAUUAAACGACAAGAAGAUCGUGUUGCAAUUGCAAGAAAAAAGCUUCAAGAAGCUCUUAGAGUGCAAAUGACUUGAAGAAAUUUUUAUUAUUAAUAUUUAUAUUAUUAUUAUUAUUAUUAUUAUACUGUAUUUAUAAAUAAUUUUUUAUAAUUUUCUUAAUCUUCAUUUCUAUUUCUUUUUAAUCAUAAUGUAAAUUGUAAAAUUAUUAUUUUUUUUUUAAAAUAAAUGUUUGAAUAUUGUAUGAAAAAAAAA